GAACUCCAUCCCUUUCUUUCCCAGAGAUACCUUUUCUUAGCGUGCAUUCAAAUGGGAAUUUCUCUAAAUAAAGAACUGAAUGUUUAUCUCAAUUACUGCGCAACUCCUCAUCACUACGAAGCUGAGAUUUUUACAGCAGGCAUGCAGCUGAGCGCCUGCUAAAGGCAAGGAAAGACGGUGCUAAGGCAUUAGAGGACAGCGGCCAUGUGACCAUGCUUGCAGGGAUUGGUUUCCUGCAGAUGUGACAUCAGAGAGCCUCCCACUCCCCUCCUCCUCUCCUGUCUCUCCCACUCUUCCUCUGCCUCUCUCUGCCCAUCUAUCUCCCUGCACUGCUCUGUCUCCCUCCUCAGCAUCCCCCCCCUUCUCAGAGAUGGCGUGUGUCGAUGCUGCUCAGGCGUCCGGGGCCUAGUGCACUCAGGGAGGACCCCCCCCCUCCUCCUUUCCCCUUAUUUGGAGCCUAUUCCCUUGGUUUCUCUUCUAGCGGCGUCCUCCACGGCUCCUGCAGUCUUCAUUGCGCCUCUCUGCGCUGAGGGUGCCAGCGAGCCCGGCCCUCUGGGGCGGAAGAAAUCAUCAUCGUGCUUCGCAGGGGAGCCGUGCACAAUUAGCCAUGCCCUGCCCAGGCUUCAUCUGACCGCCUAGAUCUGUCUUCUGCUGUCCACGUGUGCACCCGGAGGGCAACAUAGGAUGAAAAUCUGCCACUAUGAUGCAAGGACUGAAAAAACGAACCAGGAGAGCUCUGGGCUUAGGGAAGAAAGACAAGGACACAGAUGCAACGAGCUCACCUGACAAAGAGGGAAGCGAAAGUGGAAAGAAAGGAAAAAAAAAAACCAACGGAGCCCCCAAUGGUUUCUACGGGGAGAUUGACUGGGACAGAUAUGCCUCGCCUGAUGUCGACGAGGAGGGCUUCAGCCUACGGCCGGGUGAGGGAGAUGCAGCUUCCAAAGAAAAGCACUUCUCCUCCAGCGACUCAGAAGACGACGAGGACAGCAAGAAAAAGUUCAAAAUCCGCAUCAAGCCGCUGGUGGCGGACAGCGCCCGGUGCGUGCCCCCGUCCAUGGACGAGCUGAAAGCCUCGGUGGGAGGCCUGGCCCUGUCUCCGUCUCUGAGGAGAAGUCCGAGACGCAGUCCGGGGAUGAUAAAAAGAAACUUGUCAUGUGAGGAAAUUGCCAGACCCAGACGCUCAACCCCAACGCCAACUUAUGCAUCUGAGACGGCGAGUGCUACUGAGCCGCAGAGCAUUCCUACCUUGUUCAGGCUUCCUUCAGACAGCAGAUAUGCCAGAUAUGAUGUAAUCCGUAGUGAGGCAUGGGGGGAACCCAGACCAUGUUCAGAAUCCCAGCUGAGCCGAAGUUUCCCAACAGGAGCUCCUCCACCACUUCCUCCAAAGAACUUCCCAUCCAGAAGUCGUUAUGGCUACCCUUCAGACUUGGCAGCUGAUCUACCCAACGGCAGGGCCGCCCGCAACUCUGCCCCCAUCUACCUGAACGUUCUUUCCCCAGCCUCCUACCGGGGGUCCCCGGCCCCUGACCUGGACGACGUGUUCGGUCCCGCCGACAGCCCCAGAACAAGAGAGGAUGCGCCGUCUCCCAAAUGGGUCACUUUCGUGGAUGAUAGACCACCGCCUCCCGAUGAACCGGCUCCCCCACCGCCACCAGACUCUCCUCCUCCAGACACGCCCUCCUCCACCCCUUCCACACCUGGCCUCUCUCCCGGGCCGCCGCCAAACGAGCCUCCGCCUUCUCCUCCACAGUUUUCCCCAGGCUCUCCUCCUCCGUUCACGCCACUAGACUCUCCCCCCUCCAUCGUGCUCGGACCUCCGCCUCCAGAUGAGCCAGCUCCCCCUUUGCCUCCUGACUUCUCCCCUUCUGAGUCUCCCGGUGCAUUCCUUGACGAGGAGGGAGUUGACGAGGAGGUCCUGCAGUUGGCAGGGUACGCCUGCUCCGCUGCUCCCAUCAGCUCUGUGCCCCCUCUGCCAGCAGAGCGGAGGUCCCCUCGGGCAGGGGUCACAUCUCCUUUAGUCUAUGGAAAGAGUACUCCGGAGGGAGCGUACCAGAGGGAUGAUGUACCCGACGUGACAGGCUCUCCCAGGGAGCUGACACCCAGCUUCAGGGGAACACCGCCUCCUCUUCCUCCAACCGCAUACAGGUCCAUCAUGUCUUCCCCUGGGCCCUAUGCUGGCAGCAGCCCCUCCUCUCCAGCCCGUCCUGUCACGCCUCAGUCCCGAGGGAGCCCGGUGCCUCCUCCUCCCCCUCCUCGUCCAUCCUCACGACCCAAGCUGCCCCCCGGGAAACCCUUCCCAGACCUGAGUCGGCCCUUCAGCCCUCCGGUUUCAGGGAGCCCUCCGCCUUUUGCCCCCCUGGCCCGGGCUGAGAGCUCCUCCUCCCUCUCCUCCUUCACGUCCCACAGCGCAGCGUCCACUCCAACCUUAGGACGGGACCUCAGCAUGCCCACCACAGGGUGCUCCAGAGGACCCAGCCCGCUCACCAUGGGACCCCAGGACACUCUGCCGGUUGCAGCUGCUUUCACAGAAACUAUAAAUGCCUAUUUUAAAGGCGCUGAUCCCAGCAGAUGUGCCGUGAAGAUCACAGGGGAGAUGGUCCUCUCCUUCCCUGCUGGUAUAACCAGGCAUUUUGCUUGUCACCCAACUCAGCCGGUCCUCACCUUUAUCAUCAGCAACUACAGCCGACUGGAGCAAGUCCUCCCCAAUCCGCAGCUGCUCUGCUGUGAUGCUACAACAGAUGGUGUAGAUACCAAGGAAUUCUGGGUAAACAUGCCAAACCUGAUGAGCCAUCUGAAGAAAGUAGCAGAGCAGAAGCCUCAGGCAACAUACUACAAUGUGGAUAUGAUCAAAUAUCAAGUGUCAGCGGAGGGGAUUCAGUCCACCCCUCUGAACCUGGCUGUGAGUUGGCGAGGUGAUUCCACCAACGCCGACCUUCGAAUCGAUUACAAAUACAACGCUGAGGCCAUGGCAGCUCCGGUGCCGUUGCACAACAUCCAUUUUGUGGUUCCUGUGGACGGAGGCCUCGCCAGGCUGCAGACCAUGAUCCCUCCUGCCACAUGGAAUCCAGAGCAGCAAACCAUUCAGUGGAAGAUCCAAAGCCUGUCUCAAAGAUCAGAUAACGGAGGAGUAGGGGCUCUGCUGGGCCGCUUCCAGAUGGAAGAAGGUCCCUGUAAGCCCCCCCAGUUGGCGGUCCAGUUCACCAGUGAGGGAAGCACGCUGUCAGGCUGCGACAUCCAGCUUGUCGGGACGGGCUACCGGCUGUCUCUGGUCAAGAAGAGAUUUGCUGCAGGAAAAUAUUUGGCAGAUAAUUAGUGGACUUGUUGAUGAAGAGCACCAAGGAAAUGACUGGCUUUCGACUGUGAAGACUACGGACCCAUCCCCAUGUUUUGCGGACUUGACGAAUUCUCUUUAGGAAACCAUCAGAGUGAAUGGUUGGGGUCUGCUUGAAGAACAGAGUUUAUGCAAGUAAAUACAAAUCAUCAUUCGUGCAUCUGGAACUCAUCUGAGCUGACAACGAGUAAAAUAUAAGGAACCGUCAAGUCUUUGUUGUUAACUGUAAAAAAAAAAGUAAUUGUAACUCAUACAGUGAUCCAGCCUUAUUUAUUUAUUUAUUUAUUGUUUAACUGAUUACUACUGUAAAUGCACUGCGAGAGAUAAUGCGAGUUGUACGUAUAAAAUCCAAAACAAUCUUGAAGGUGGAAUGCUGAGGCGGAAAGCUGGGGUAAUCGGGGGGUACCUUGGGAGAUCUGAUUUACACUGCCACCUCAAAUCAGACAUUCAGGGUGAGUGUCCAUAUUGUCAGCCAAGCAGAACUUUUUCAUCUGUUUAAACAGCGUAGUAAUAAAAAACGCCAGAGCCCGUCAGUCCCGGGAUGAAGAAACAGGCUUGGUGUCUUUUUCACCAAACUAAUCGUUGCCUGGCAGGACUUGAACAUCGUCGUUAAUUUGUAUGUUGAGGUGACUGACUUCAGGGUUUUUAGGGAUUUAGUACCCAUCUGAUAAUGAUAGUGAAAUAAAUUUUUGAUUAUGUUCACUACAUGAAAUCUACAGUGCUUUGCAAAAAUAUUAUCUGGCAAUUUUCCCUUUUGUUUUGUGUCGUUAAAACCAAACUUCAGUGGAUUUUGUUGGGAUAUAAUACAACAGACCAACACAAAGUAGACCCUAAUUGUAAAUUGGAAGCAAAUGGAUACAUGGGCCUGAAUUGCUGGGGGAAAAAAAAAAUCAGAAAAAAUUGGAUUGGUGUUCAUAUUCCACCUAGCUGAGUCAAUAUUUUGUAGAACCAGCUUUUUGCUUAAAUUGAGUCAGCAACUCUUUCGGAGUAUGUCUCUAGCAGCUUUGCACAUCUGGAUACUGACAGUUUUUACCAUUGUUAAAUAAUCUAGUUCAACCAGAUUCAAUGGGACAUUCUAAAACCUGAAUACGCUUUGAUUUAAACCAAGCCAUUGCACAUCUGGCUGUAUGUUCAGGGUUGGUUAUCAGGGUUUCUUCCAGAGUUUACCUCCAUAUACGCCAUCAACUCAGAGCGGCUUCCCAGUCCCUGCUGGAAGCAUGAUGCUGCCACUGCCAUGUUUCACUGUGAGGACGAUGUGUUCAAGGUGAUGAGCAGUGUUAGUUUUUCUCUCCCAAUAACAAUAACAAAAACAAUAAUAAAAUUAAUACCGUAUUUUUCUGAUUAUAAG